UUCCAGCCACACACACCCACACACACGCGCACUGCCCCAGACAGACAGACAGUCUCUCCACAGAAAACAGCAGCAGGGAAAAAAAACAAACUCUCCUUCCGCAGCUCAGACGCCAACAACUGUAGGAGAAGUGUAGUCGACGCGAUGUUAAACACGAAAUGCUACCGUUUACUGUGAGCAGACAGCUAACAGUAAGGAAGAGGCUCCCGAAAGAAGUGGGUGAACUGUGACAGAAGCUGGAGAAAUCAACCCAGGGAUUUGUGGUCCACACGUGGAAAGCAUCGUUGAAACACAUUGUGAAGAGUGGAUCUCGUCCUCUCCACUUUUACUGUUUGCCACCUGUUCACUCCUGCCUACUUCAGAGAUGAGUGCCAAGUUAGCCAUCAACAAGGAGGUGUUCAUACCCCACGACGAGAAGAUGCUUGCUGCUGUGCAGGUGAAGCGGAGGACCAAGAAGAAGAUCCCCUUCCUGGCCACUGGUGGUCAGGGAGACUACAUGACCUUCAUCUGCCUCUCAGUGACAAAUAAGAAACCUUCUCACUUAUCCAUCACUAAGGUGAAGCAGUUUCAAGGAUCUUCUGCCUUUGUAAAAAGGUCACAGUGGACAAUUGACCAGCUACGGCAGGUCAACGGCAUUGACCCCAACAAAGACUGUCCAGAGUUUGACCUGAUGUUUGAAAAUGCUUUUGACCAGUGGGUUGCUGGUUCAGCUGGAGAGAAGUGCACCUUUAUCCAGAUUCUUCACCACACCUGCCAGCGCUACAGCUCAGCACGGAAACCAGAGUUUGUCAACUGUCAGUCCAAACUGCUGGGGGGUAACAGUAUACUACACUCAGCUGCAGACAGCGUGACGAGUGCCGUACAGAAGGCCAGCCAGGCACUGAAUGAGCGCGGCGAGCGAUUAGGUCGCGCUGAGGAGAAGACUGCAGACAUGAUGAACAGUGCUGAACAGUUUGCUGUGACUGCACACAAGCUUGCCAUGAAGCACAAGUGUUAGACCACUGCCAAAACCAACUGGGCUGGGAGGGGGGGUCACCAAUCGCCAGUUGCUGUACAGAAGAAGGAUUCCAGAUUUUAUUCUUUUUAAAAAUUUUAAUAUUAUUACUAUUUGUUAACAAUGUUAACAUUUUUAUGUUUUUGGGUUAUUGUAUGCUGGUGCAUUUUCUGGUGGUGACGCAUCAAGCAGAGGGGAGGAAGAGAGGUAAAGAAUGCUACUUUAGACUUUCAACAGAAUGUUUCAAGCUUCUGUUUGCCAAAAAAUAAUUGAAAAGCCACAGCCAUGACUGUAUUUGAUAACCACGAUCGCUUAUAACGCUUCCCCUUUUCCUGUGCUCAGACACUAAAUGUGAGUGUACACAUGCUGACAAGUCAUUAUCAGCAACCACUCCAAGACACGGAACAGCUUGUGUCGCAGAUUAUUAAUUGUUAAGUUAUUUAUGAGCACUGCAGUGAUUAUGCAGUCUAAUUAAUGAGUGUGACAAACUCUCUCAUGGGUAUCAUUGGUGUGAUUUAGGAUUGGGUGGCACUAUACCACACAAAUAUAUAACAUACAACCCUGAAGAAGAUACCGUAUUUAGGAGAGUGGCUUUCACUUUCUCAUUUGACUCCCUAACACUGCACUCUUUUGGUCCAUCUUUCUGUCCAUGAUUUCAAAUUGUAUCCAAACAGUAUUAGUCAAAAUGUUGUCCAGAUGUUAUUUCAUAAACUGCAGGUGUGAUUGAAUAGAGUGGUUUUGGUGACAUAAUAUACAACAACAGUGAAAUAUUGAGGCCUCUGUUAGACUUGUCUGCCAUUCAAAAACAACCAGAACAACAUUAAAUAUAGUUGCCAACAAUUUUGGAAGUGUACUUGAAGAACUCGUUUAAUAAGCUUUUUCAUUACAAUCAUUUAUGUUAAAAGGGGGAAUUCAGUAAACCAGCUUCUGCAUUGUAAAAAGCGAAACAUGUAAUUCUUCUAGUACUAUUAUCUCGAUGUCUGUAGAGCUAAUAUGUCUCAUGAAAAUGGGAUGUUUUGAAAUUACUUCUGGCUGUAUUUCAACUUAAAACAUUCAGUAGUCAUCCCUUGUGCUUUUUGUAUAAUUUAAGUUGUCAUAAUAAUCAUAAUAAUGAUGCGUGUACUGAUAGAUAAAGGCCAAAAUGUCUCAAAUAGCAGCAGCAGUGUGUGGUAGUUUACUUUUCGUGUCGGUGCUCACACUGCCUUUAUCUUUUGCUUCCUCACUCGCAAAAUACCACCCUCACAGUCGAGAUGUAUUUGAUUCUUUUUGUAUUUUGAAUUUUAUAAUUCAUGAUGUUAAAAUGCACUGACAACCUUAUCUUGCAGAGCACUGUUGAGUUCAUAAUGAAACGUUCCAGUUGCCUAACUCUUAGUGUGCUUUGAUUCCUCUCUCUAACACUUUGGAUGUUUAUUGUUUCAAUAAAAAAAUAUAUAAAAAAUGAA